AUUUCCUUUUGAUGGCACUCGGUCACACUAGCGAACGCCCAGCGAAAGUUUUGUUUAUUUUUUUGUGGCCCUCAUUUCUCCUGGAGGAACGAUGCUAAAUGCCAAAAUCGGCAAGGUCGGCAAAGUCCUGGUGUGCGGGAUGAAGGGCGUGGGCAAGACUGCGCUCAUCGAGCAGCUGGUCUACGGCCACGUCAAUCCGGAAACGGAACUGCAUCCCACCAUCGAGGACAUAUACGUGGCCAGUGUGGACACGGGCCGAGGUGGUGCGCGCGAGACCCUGCGCAUCUACGACACGGCUGGACUGCAGGGUGAGCAGCAGCAGCUGCCACGCCACUACCUCCAGUUCCCCGAUGCCUUCGUCCUGGUCUACGAUCCCAUGGACCCGCGCAGCCUGGACAUGCUGGCCGACAUCAAGACCGACAUCGAGAAGCACAAGGAGAAGAAGGAGAUUCCCGUCGUGGUGCUGGCCAACGUGCGGGCGCGGGCGGCUCCCAAUCCGGUAGAGAAGGUCAUGGACCGCGCCAACAUCUGGUGCCAGCGGGAGCGCAUCAAGCACUACACGGUGAACGCCAUGGAGCGGCCCUCCCUCUACGAGCCCUUCACCUCGCUGUGCGCCCGCCUGCAUCCGGCGCAGACGAAGAGCACGUUCCCCCAGCUUCGCCAGGUCAUGCAGAAUCGGCAGAAGAGCGAGGCCUAGAUGACCUGAUAACCCUUUAUCAUUUAAGUUUUAAUCGUGGGCUUACCCAGAAAUCUCCGACCAUUUAAGGGCCUAAAACGUUGCGAAAAGUCACGCUAUGUGCCUACGUCUGUAUAGACUUAACUCAAAGUCUAAGAGGUCUCCGGGCCUUUGAGAUUUCUGGGACAGCUUCAACUGUUCUCGUAUUAAUCCAUUUAGUGUUUACUUGCCGUGUAUUAACCGCUUAGCGUUUGUGUGGUCUAGAGACCGAGCUGCCACUUGUACUUAUGUCUAUCUGUUUGUGAGUGUCCAAUUAUUGUAUCUAGUAUUUAUUACACCCAAAUGUCUAAUCUCAGUGGGAGAGCAUUAAGCGUAAUCUGUAUUCAGUGCUCAAUCGCAGCUCAAAUGUCGGCGUAGUGAUUAAAUUAGUGAUAAACCA